GAACUCAAAUCUCAUCUAAAGAAGAAAUUUCAAUGUGUAUUUGAGGGGAUCGCUAAACAAGGAAACCCAACACUUCUCAAUAAGAUCUACACAGAGCUCUACAUCACAGAGGGUGGAAAUGGAGAGGUCAAUAAUGAACAUGAGCUGAGACAGAUUGAGACGACAGCCAGGAAACAAGCAAGACCAGAGAUGGCAAUCAAAUGUAACGACAUCUUCAAACCCUUAACUGGACAAGACAAACUUAUCAGAUCUGUGCUGACAAAGGGAGUCGCUGGCAUUGGAAAAACAGUCUCUGUGCAGAAGUUCAUUCUGGACUGGGCUGAAGGGAAAGCAAAUCAGGAUGUCCAAUUUGUAUUUUCAUUCCCUUUUCGGGAGCUGAAUUUGAUGAAAGGGGAAAAACACACUUUGAUUGAACUUCUCAAUCACUUCUCAAUGGAAACCAAAGAAUCAAGAAUCUCCAACUACGACAAGUACAAAGUUCUGUUCAUCUUUGAUGGUCUGGAUGAGUGCCAACUGCCCCUAGACUUCCAGAAGAACAAGAUCUGUUAUGACGUCACAAAGUCAACCUCAGUGGAUGUUCUGCUGACAAAUCUCAUCAAAGGAAAUCUGCUUCCCUCUGCUCUCCUCUGGAUAACUACCCGACCUGCAGCAGCCAAUAAGAUCCCUUCAGGGUGUGUUGACCAGGUGACAGAGGUACGAGGGUUCAAUGACCCACAGAAGGAGGAGUACUUCAGGAAGAGAUUCAGUGAUCAGGACCUGGCCAGCAGAAUCAUCUCACACAUAAAGACAUCAAGGAGCCUCCACAUCAUGUGCCACAUUCCAGUCUUCUGUUGGAUUUCUGCAAUAGUCCUUGAACACAUGCUGAAACAUAAGAGAGAAGAGAUGCCCAAGACUCUGACUGGGAUGUACACACACCUUGUGGUGUUUCAUACCAUAAAGAAGAAUGACAAGUAUCUUGGGAAAGAAGAGACAGGUCCACACUGGAAUAAAGAGAGCAUUCUGUCACUGGGAAAACUGGCUUUUCAACAGCUUGUGAAAGGCAAUCUGAUUUUCUAUGAAGAAGACCUGAAAGAGGUUGGCAUUGAUGUCAAUGAAGCCCUGGUGUACUCAGGAUUGUGCACACAGCUCUUUAAAGAGGAAUCUGGGCUGUACCAGGACAAGGUGUACUGCUUCGUGCAUCUGAGCAUUCAGGAGUUUCUGGCUGCUGUAUAUGUGUUCCUCUCAUUCAUCAACAACAAUGAGAAUCUAAUGGCCGAACCGCAAUUAACGUCCAGUAACUAUUUUGCGCUGAAGCCUGAAGUUACUGUCUACAAGAGUGCUGUGGAUAAAGCUUUACAAACUGAGACAGGAAACCUGGACCUUUUCCUCCGCUUCCUUCUGGGCCUCUCAAUGGAGUCCAAUCAGAAGCACUUACGAGGUCUACUGACAAAGACAAGAAGCAGCUCACAGAGCCAUGAAGAAACAGUCAAGUACAUCAAGGAGAAGAUCAGGGAGAAUCCCUCUCCAGAGAGGUGCAUCAAUCUGUUCCACUGUCUGAAUGAACUGAAUGACCAUUCUCUAGUGGAAGAGAUCCAAAGCUACCUGAGCUCAGGAAGUCUCUCAGAAGCCAAACUGUCACCUGCACAGUGGUCAGCUCUGGUCUUUGUGUUGCUGACUUCAGAAAAGGAGCUGGAUGUGUUUGACCUGAAGAAAUACUCCAGAUCAGAGGAAGGUCUUCUGAGGCUGCUGCCAGUGGUCAAAGCCUCCAGAGCUGCUCUGUGA